UCAAGUCAAUGUCAUUUUUAAAGUUUCAAUUUUAAACUGCCGAAGUGCUUUGUUUGUUUCUCAAAAUGAAUGUAGUGUUAAUCUAAAUAAUUUAAUACAACGUAAUAUUUAAAUCAAAAUGGACGAAUCAUAUUCUGAAGGUGAUCUUUCUAUGUCUCCGUCCCAAAUCUUAGGACGACUGCAAGUCCUUCGACAGUUACAAUUAUUACAGCGCGGGAAACUCCAAAAACAACAAUCACUUUAUCAGGACUCACCUGAAAUGUCUGCAAAUUUGACUGAAAUUGUAAGUCAUUUUAGCAAUAGUACAAGUUAUAAUACCUUUCAAAGUUUAUUACAAACGCACGAAGAUUCUUCAAACGACGUAUCUCCUCGGCCAUACAUAAGUACUUCGUCAAGAAAACUGAUUGAACGUGAUUUAAUCGAUGGAGUGUCGGAAUUGAAUCUAUCUCGAGAAUCUGAAUACCUCAUUAAUUCUCCUGCCUCGGUAAAUGAUAAGGUUUCAUCUGAAAACCAAUAUGUAAAAUCACCUCCAAAAAAUAAUACAGAAAAGUCUUCAUCUCGCAAACAGAUUUCGGUAGACGAGAUUCCCAUUUUAACUCCAAAGAAAAAUUUCGAAGCCUUGGUUGUAGAAAAAUUACAAUCAGAAGAAAAUAAAGUUCAACAAAAAUCUUUCCCUAUACAAAAGAAACCAUUCCUUAAGAGAGGUGAAGGUAUGUCACGUUUUGGUAUACAAAAGAAGGAUCUGAUAAUUCAACAUACAAAAACCUUGCCAUGGGUUCGAAAGAAACCAAAAAGUAAAUCCAACAAUUCAAAUAUUGAAAUGAACAGAAAUGCAAAAGAACUAAGACCAAAGGAUUUAGAAAAAGUUGAAGUUCAAAUAAUCACAAAACCAAUAACCACAAAAAAAUCAGCAACAGAAAAAAAUAAUAAAAUUGAACAGAAAAUCAAAGAACUAGAAAAGUAUAUAGAAAAACCUGUGCAGACAGAAACAAAUCAAUCAAAUAAACCUAAUCAGAAGAGUCCUAUAGAAAAAGCUCAAAAACUAAUUAAUUUACCUAAAGGAAAGCAUCCACUUAAAGCAACCAAAGGAAAAACUUGGGCAGCGGUACUUACUAAAGAACAAGAUGAUUUCUUAAGACAAUUAAAACAAAGUGAAUACUACAAAAACUUUUCUUCUCCAUCAAAAAGCAUUAUAUCUGAUAUGAGCUGUGAUGAUAAUAUGGAUAAAAUACAUCAAGAUAUGGAAUCUUCUGAACAAAAGAUGUUUGAAUUGCUUGAAAACAAGGUAUCACAUGAAAGUUUUGCAUUGGAGAAUUCUUUUAUAAAUCGAUUUCUUCGGAGAAAUAAAGCUGACUGUUCCGGAGAAAGUACGCCAUUAGUUAUGCAGAGAUGUUUAUCUAAUAAUCCUGAUUUAAUGCAUAUUGGCCCAAAUUUAAGUCAUGAAAGUGGUAGAAAUGAUGAUUGUGAUACUGCAUGUCAGAGUGAGUGUACAGAAUGUGUAGAAACAUGUUCUACUGUAUCAAGCUGUUCUUGCAUUACAGUAGAACAAGCAGAUUCUAAUUGUCCUUGUUGUAGUGAAUGUAGACCAAAUCAUAAAGGACAAAAUAUCAAAGACAAUAAAACAAAAAAGGAUAAACCGGAAAAUGUACCUGGCAUACAAAAUAAAAAAGAUGAAAGUCAUAAUGACAACUGUAACAAUGACAGCAAUAAAAUAAAAGCAGACAUGGUGGAAAUGAAUAAUAAACUGAUUGCAACAAGUGAAUUACUUAAAGAAAGACUGACUGAAUUAGAAGAUGAGAUAGAAACGUUUAGGAAAGAAAAUGCAAACCUGACUAAAAUGCGUGAAGAAAUUGAUCUAGAGAGGCAAAAGUUUUUUGAAGAAAAGGCACAAUUUGAACAAAAGUUUAAUGAAGAAAAAGUUUUAUCCGAGUACUAUAUAGCUGAAGAAAAAGAAAAACUAACCAAACAGAGACAGCUCUAUGAGAGAUAUGUCAGGGAUAUAAGAGGGAGAUUGAAUAAAAAAGACAAAGAUGAAGUUGUUAAUUUAAAGAAAGAAAUCAAUGACCUUAAAGAAGAAAUAAGAAUAAAAGAUGCUAAAUCUACCUCAAUGAUUGCAAGACUGCGUAACCAACUAAAACUUGCAGAUAAAGAGAAAAAGGAUUUACAAGACGAAGUUGAGAAGUUAAAGAAAGAAAAUAGACGAAUUCAACACAGUAAUGAUGUGACAAGACGAUUAACCAAUUUAAAAUAUCUUGAGCAAAUAAAUAAAAAAUUAACAAAUAUGACUUCUAAAGAAUCAAAAUCAGAAGUUAAUAUAGAACCAAACAUAAAAUAUAAAGCAUUUGAAAUUGAACAACAAAGUAGAAUGAAAAAAUUGCAACCACAGAAUAAAGGUAUGAGGGCUAGAGCAAAGAGUGUCCCCAAUUUAAAUAUAACUUCUAGAUAUGCAAAAUACUUUAGCCAAAAAGAUUCUUUAAGUGAAAUAGAAAGAAAUAAAACAAUAAAUGUAGAUGAUUUCUGUACAUCUCCAACAGAUUAUUUGACAGAUACUGACAAAAUUGAGAAUUUAGGUUAUACUAAUUGUUCCGAAAAAAGUGCAUCAGAAAGUGAAGAUGAGAACAAUCUAGAAAAAAUAUAUGAUGAGAGGUUUCGGAGUAUUUCACCUGCAAGUAAAAAAUCUAGUUUAAUCAAUUCAAGUGAGAAUAGCAAUUCUAAUGACAAUAGCAAUUAUUUUAUUACUAAAACUAAGCAAAGACAGCCUUCAUUACCUCUACAUCAAACAAACUUAAAUGAUAAGCCUAUAUUGCAAACAAAAUCACAUACUCUAGGUAAUAGGAUAACAAGAAAUUCACCAACAAAUCACUCCAGAAAUUCCUACGAAUCUGGAGAUUUUAUUUCAAAUUAUUCAAAAGAAAGUGGGAGAUACUCAGGUAGUAAUUCACAUACUUUAACAAGAUCUCCGACUUCUACAUUAAGAAGUAAUUCAAGCCAAAAAUCAUGUACAAUUAUCGACCAGUUUCAAGACCCCAGAAUUAUUGUCACCCCAGAACCAUGUACAAGCAAAAGUAGUUUAACAAAAACCAAUUUAAAUCCUACCGAAAUUUCUAAACAUGAUGGUUCAAAGGAACUUAGAUUUCCAAACGGUAAUGUGAAACUCAUAUCAGCAGACGGCAAAUACAGCAAGUUUGUUUAUUACAAUGGUGAUGUUAAAGAGAAUUUUUAUAAUGAGGGUAGAAUUAAAUAUUUUUAUGCUGAAACAAAGACAUUUCAUACAACACAUGCUGAUGGAUUAGAAGUAUUGGAAUUUCCUGAUGGUCAAGUAGAAAAACGCUACAAGGAUGGUUCUUCAGAAAUCCGUCUGCCCAAUGGCAGUGUACGUUACUAUGAUCCUAAGAAUGUGCAUGUACGUGAGGAGUGGCGCUUCCCAGACGGUGCGGCGCUAACUGUCUCAGCUAACGGGGAACAACGUGUUGUCUUCAGUAAUGGACAAAUUGAAGUUCAUAAUAAAGAUCACAAGCGUCGAGAAUUCCCCGAUGGUACAGUUAAAUUUAUUUACAACGAUGGUACAUCAGAGACUAGGUACGCGUCUGGCAGAGUUCGCAUCAAGGAUAAACAUGGAAACCUUAUAAUGGACUCGGCACCAAGCUAAUAUUAUGUCUACAAACCCAUUGUCCUA